UGCAGUUCUUUGUCGUUGGCGUCGAAGUUCGUUUCAGUUCACCCCUUCUGCAGAUUUCAUUCGGUUUCCACAACAUGUUUGACCCUCGAGGCAAUAACGGGAAGGGCCCCUUGGAGUCCUCCUCGGCAACGGGGAAAAGGGCGGAGGGUAGUAGAAAAGGUCACAAGACGAAGACCUUUGACUCCCCUUUUAAGGUGGAUCCAAAGGCGGAUGGAAAACGAGAUGAUCCUGUUUGGCAUUUCGUUGCUCGUGGUCGUUAUUUAGAUGGAUCCACUGCGAUCGGGAGGAAGAACGGUCGCCGUUGUUUGUGCAGGUUAUGCGGUCGUUCUCUAUGUGGGGGUGCUCGUGAGGUGAAGGAACACUUUUUUCGUGGCGAGGGGUAUAGAUGCCAAGUGGCCACUCCGGCGGUGUGGCACGCGAUUUGGUCAAAGGAUAUGUCCAAGAGUCCUGCACAUUUGGCUUCUGCCGUGCAGGCCUUGCAGAGUCUCCCUCUAGGUCAUCCCUCUUUUCAAUGGCCACCUCUUUGUUUUCCCGAUGACGUCGUUCCGCCACCCCCGUCCACCGCUGCCCCCUCGCAAGUGGCGCCAUCUCCAUGUGCACCACUUGCUCCCUUCCCCCCUCGUCCGCUUCGUCAGACGAUUCCCACAUCUGUUGAUGGCAGACCAUCUGUGGCAACGCAGCCUGAUGCGCAAGGCACCGUGCCAGUUUCAGGUGUCGGGGAACCUGUGCCGUUCGACGAGCAAGGCACUCGUGCUUUCGUCGAGGGCGGUGGGUGGGGGAAGGACGCUGGCACAUCAUCAGGCSUCGCCCCGUUGUUCACUGGCAACAGGGACAAGGUCCCAAGAGUUCGACGCACAGACACACGUCCGACCGUGGCAGGAGCACCCGCAACAGGACAUCAAUCCGCUGCAUAUCCAUGGUUGCCUCCCUCUCCUUCGCAAACACGACGACCUACACCAGACUUGACUUCGGCACCUGUUGGCGAGGCCGCUGCAACGGCCACUGAGGGUGCGGGAAACGUCCAGCUCGACGAGCCCGUCCAGGUUUCGGAUUCGUCACCCACUCCUGUGCCCGUGAACGGCCCGACCUCGCAGCACAGUGUUUUUGGGACACUGGAUCCUUUACAGAAUCUGCGCAACAUURCAGCUCCGAGUCCAGGCCCCACCGCAUCACUUGCGGCCGGGGGCGGGGUAUGGGAUUCGCUAGGUAUGGGCACUUACAGGCAGCAGGCGGUGACCUCGUAUUACAACGACCCGCUGGAGUAUACAUGGCACCUGCAGAUCAUGCGAUUCAUUGUCGAGAGCGGCAUGCCGUUCAACUGUGUGAAGCUUGAGAGCUUCAAACGCAUGUUGACGUUGAUCAUCUCGCYUGGGGUUCCAGGAGUCCCCAYCCCAAAACCCCCAACGUAUCACAUGAUCCGUACCACACUUUUGGAUGAGCUUGAUGUGGAAAUGUUGUGCAACUAUCUCGUCGGCACUACACGGGGCGCCACAUACGUCGCGACAAAUGUUAUGCGAGGAAAGAAGGAUGCCACUGCUCUGGCGCAGGCUUGGCUGCGAAGGUUGAAGUCCCUUGACAUCAAGCUCGCCGACAUCACCGCUUUCAUCACAGACUCCGCCAGUUCGAACGUUUCUGCGAUGGAGGUGUUCCAGAAGGAUGAGAGUGUCAAGCACAUCUUCUGGAUUCCUUGURUGGCACACGUCAUGGACCUCAUCCUUGAGGACAUCGGCGGCAUUGACUGGGUGGCGACCCGCAUUGCUCAGGCGCGUUUGGUCACAAAGUUUUUCAAGCGCCAUAGCCACUCUCACGAAGUUUUGCAAGCUUUCACGACGAAGGCUCUGCUGCUUCCCGCCGAGACUCGCUUCAGUACGCAUGUGGUGGUUGAUGAUCGAUGGAAGGACACUGUUUCGUCAACGAAGAAGAUUCGAGACGACGCUGCGGAGGUCACAGCAUGUGUCGGUUGUCCUCAAUGGUGGGAGGAUAUGAGAGCGCUGUGCAAGUUGUUGGAUCCCAUCAUGGACAUGCUGCAGAUGGUGGACAGCGACACGAGGCAGAUUGGCAAGAUUCUGCGUCGGUACGACGAGAUGAUCGCGCGUUGUUUGUCUGCAUGUGCCGCUUUGGAGAAGGACGAGCAGGACGCGCUGCUUGAAGUGUUUGACAGACGCCGCACCAUGUUCAAGUCGCCUGCUCAUGUUGCUGCCAUGAUGUUGGACCCCGAGUUUCGAGACCGCACGAUGCCAGAUGACGAGGAGAUGCAGCACGGUUUGAAACUCGCUCUGAUUCAGUUUGGGUACCCGAAACAUUCGGAUCAGCACACCGAGGUCCUCACUGCCAUUGACAAGUUCCAUUCCACGGAGCUGCCGUUCGACGACGUGGUCAUGGACCGGGCGGCGAGGAGCUAUACCCAUCCAGCCUGUUUCUGGGAGUCGAAGGAGAAGAGGUUCCCGCACACGGCCUUCUUCGUUGGCAGGAUACUGCGUGUGUGGGCGACUGCGUCGCCUUGCGAGAGAGCUUGGUCCCGUUGGAGUUUCAUCCACUCCAAAUCUCGUAACAGAUUGGAGGUGGCGCGGGCCGAGAAGCUCUUGCGAUGCCAUUGGAACCUUCGGCUCCUUGACAGGCAGGCUAUGUCGGACGAUGCUCCCAGUGACAGGCCACAUCCGUAUGGGAGCUGGGUGCACUACUGGCAGCAGGAGGAGGAGGAGGUGCCCACCGACCAGCAGCUUGUGGCAGACCGAGSAGCCCGUGUGACGGUCACGAAGGAGGAGUUGACGCAGGCGAGAGAGAGGAUGCRCGUCGUGUCCCGCAUGGGAGCCACUCGUCGCUUGCGGGAGUCUGACAGGAGGAGGUGUCGUGGCGGCGGUCGCGGAGAUGGUCGUCGGGGUGGUCGCGGAGGUGGUUGUCGGGGCGGUUGCGGGCGAGGCGGUCGUGGAGGUCCUGGCGGGAGGCGUAGUGUCGAGAGUCGUGGAAGGGCAGUGGACGAGCUAGUACGCAAGCCUCGACAGCAAUGGGAUGAGGGAGACUUUUUGUACGAGAGCUCGUCCAGCGAUGACGAGGAUUUCUUCGGGACUGGCAGGCCUGCACAGGAUGGCGACAGCGAUUUCGACGACCGUCACCCGAACAUGGGCGACGACGAUGGCGCCAGUGGCGAUGAUCACGGUGACGGAGGAGAUAGGCCACGACCUGCACAUGGUGACACGAUGCGCGCCGACGGGGCAGGGGGCGAGCACCGCACAGCAGUAGAUGACGCUCGAGAUGGAGUGCAUGAUGAUGGUUCACGACCUGUCUCGGGCGGUGACCUGAGGCGCUUGAAACGCGGACCAAGGGAAAAAGACACUAUCGCUUCACGUGUGCGCAAACGUCAUGGUGGGGUUGCUAGCAUUCCACUAUCACGAGUCCCUGCAACUGGCCAGAUUCCAGUUUCUGAGGACUUUUUUAGCGAUCACAGCGGCGAGGAGCGGAUCGAGCUGCAUGGCGGGAGCGGUCAUCCACGAGGUGACACUUCGAGUAUGCACGCGACAGCUCCGAUGGGGCCUUCCGCAGCAGUCCCAGAAUCGCAACAGGGUCCAGCACCGUUGAUGCGUCAUCCCGAGGUUCAGAGAGAGAUCAGUCCUCUUCCGGCAGUGCGGGACGAGGGUUCUGUCGGUGCACUGCAUCCACUCACGUCUGCCRGAGCGGCAGUCUCAGUUGCAGUGACCUCGGAUGUGAAACAACCACUGGCAGCGGCGGAGCAAGAAAGUCUACCCCAUGUGUCACCGCCCAAGCCACAACAGCCUGUUGUCAUGGAGCGUGGAUCGGACGGGUUUGACGUGGCAGGAGGCGAUAUCGCCGAUAUGAUUACGAGCACAAUGGUGUCUGCCACGUCCACAAUUUUUCGUGUUGGCAAACUACGCGAGGUGGCCCUUGGUUUGGCGGAGACGGCGACGCGACACCGCCGCGACGGUCAGCGCAGCAUCGCACAACGCAGUCUUUCUCAUUCGUUUGACGGCGCAGAGGAAGGGUCUCCUGGUGGGCCAGUUGACACACUCGAAAGAGAAGCAAGACCCCCAAGUCCGCCGUCAAACUUAGAGCAUCAUCUGAUUGCCGCGGCUGUCGCCGCAGAUGUGGGCAUCCCCGUCACAAACAGUGGCGCGGACGCGACAGAACAGCUUGUGGUUGGGUCAUCGGCGACAGCACGGCGCGACAGAGCCACUGUUUUGCCGACAGUGGCAUUYUAUGCCAGCGGGAAGAGUACUGGGGGGAUGGAUGAGCAAGGAGUCCGGAAUGUUGGCAGGCCAUCUACACCGUCUAUGGCGAAACGAUCCAUUGGGAGUGUGGAUGGUGUUUGGCAGACCGCCAUGGCCGAGUUUGAGGACCGACACGGGAGUGCUUUGCCGACGAAGACGUCUGAUGUCCACUCUACGAGAGCCGCAAAGGCGAGUCUUUCUCGGGCAAGGAAGAAGGCCUCGGCAAGGAAGGCGUCACGUUCAUCCUCACAUAUGCGUUCCCGAGAGAGAGGAUCGGGCGUUGUGCAUCUCGAGGACGGAGAGAUUGCACCUGACGGCGACGCAUUGGAUGUUGGAGGGAGGGAUGCAACGACGGUGGAUAUCGUCGGCAGGGAGGGCAUAGGGAAUGCAGUGGCAGGUCAAAAGAGAUGCGGCAGUGUACUUAUCGUCCACGACGAUAGCACAGAUGUCGCCCCGGGAGAGACCACAGACACUGAUAAUGCAGGGGACUCCGAUUACGUACCCAAACCACGGGCGGCAGAUGGAGAUGAUGGAGGAGGGCGACGAGUGAGACCGAGGACACGACUCGGGCCGCAAGGGCAGCGAGCACAGGGCACACCAUCGGCGAUGAUUCCUGCCCCCAUAGAUCGACGAGCUCAGGCGCAGCGGUUGCUGCGCAAAAUGGAGGCCACUCUUCAACAGACGCACGAGUAUCAGCUUGUGCUCGACGAUAUCGUGAAUGUCCACAAGUCCAUCCAUGGUUGAGGGCAGCAUUGAUCUCAUGGAGCGAAACUGAUUAGUGGCAGCGAAAGGGUGCCAACUUGGAGGCAUGGAGCACAGGGUAAGUAUGCAAGUGUGCAGGAAUGCG